AUGGCUUCCCUAAACGAAAACGACCAAGUUCCCAUUCCAGAAGCAACAUCUCUUGCUCACACCAGGGCUUUCAAUUUCAAGAACCGUAGCGUUUCCCUCUCAUAUUCAACUUAUUCCACUGACAGAUGUGACAACUCAAAGGUGGCUUUAGGCUUCACAGUCCCUAUUCCAACACAGAGAAGACCAUCUCCACCUGGUCUUCCUACUACUGAACCUCCGGAUUACUCCUCUACCGUUGAUGUUCCAUCUGAAGAUGAAUCCGUCUUGACAAAUGCAAAUCUCUUGAAAUCUAGACAACUAGGGAUGUGUAAUGAACCUUACUGUACCACUUUUCCUUCUUACUACAACCACCAACCUGCUGAAUUUCAAACUUCCAGAGUUUCUAACUCCAGGUUCCACACUGCUCUGUAUGAUGAUGCUAGAAGUUGGACUAAGCGAUUUUGUUCCUCUGUUAGUAAAUGCGUACCUGGAAUCAUGAAUCCUCAUUCCAAAUUUGUUCAAGUCUGGACUAGAUUCUUAGCCUUUUCAUGCUUGAUGGCUAUUUUUAUAGAUCCCACCUUUGUCUUCCUCUUAUUAAUCCGACAUGUAAAUGCUUCCUUCUCUUCCUCUAUCAGUCUCUUGUUUGAACUGUAUAUGUUUUUCAUGAGUUUGAGACUACUGCAGGACAACAAAUGCAUAGAGAUUGAUUGGACCAAGACUAACGUAUUGGUGUCUCUUAGAAGUAUGUUUGAUCUUAUAUUCUUCAUCAACAUUCUGCUUCAGUUUCGAAUGGCCUAUGUAGCUCCUGAGUCUAGAAUAGUUGGUGCUGGCCAGUUAGUUGAUCAUCCAAGAAAAAUUGCUUGCAAUUACUUGCGAGGCAAGUUUUUACUUGACAUGUUCAUAGUGUUACCUAUUCCACAGAUAAUGAUAUUAUCGAUAUUACCACCACACUUAGGCACAUCCACGGCAGGAUCUGAGAGAAACAUUAUACGCAGCACGUUUCUAAUACAGUACAUUCCAAAGUUAUAUAGGCUUCUUCCUCUUCUUGCUGGCCAAACACCUACAGGGUUCAUAUUUGAGUCGGCUUGGGCUAACUUUGUUAUUAAUCUUCUAACCUUCAUGCUUGCUGGUCAUGCUGUUGGAUCUUGCUGGUAUUUUUCCGGGCUUGAGAGAGUAAAGAAGUGCUUGUUGCAUGCUAGGAAUAACUCGGUGGAUGAACUUAGGAAUCUUAUAGAUUGUGCUCGUGGGAACAUCUACGCAUCGGCGUCACUACGAGCUCUCUGGAGAAACGAUGCGAGUGUCAAUGCUUGUUUUCAAGAGAGUGGUUUUUCGUAUGGGAUCUAUGUGAAGGCAGUGAAUCUUACUACUCAACCUAGUAUCUUCACAAGAUUCAGUUACUCUCUGUUUUGGGGCUUCCAGCAAAUAAGCACGCUUGCUGGAAACCUAUCACCAAGUUACUCAGUGGGGGAGGUUUUCUUUACAAUGGGUAUCAUUGGACUAGGGCUUUUACUUUUUGCACGGCUUAUUGGUAAUAUGCACAACUUCCUUCAAGCUCUUGAUCGAAGGAGAAUGGAAAUGAUGCUGAGACGGCGUGAUGUGGAGCAGUGGAUGAGCCAUAGAUUGUUGCCAGAAGAUAUAAGAAAGAGGGUGCGAGAGGCAGAGCGGUUCAACUGGGCAGCGACUAGAGGAGUUAACGAGGAGUUGCUCUUUGAGAAUAUGCCUGAAGAUCUCCGGAGAGAUAUAAAACGUCAUCUCUUCAAAUUUCUCAAGAAGGUGAGAAUAUUCUCGCUGAUGGAUGAAUCAAUCUUAGAUUCAAUACGUGAGAGGCUGAAACAGAGGACGUACAUAAGUAGUAGCACGGUGUUGCACCACCGAAGUCUAGUUGAGAAAAUGGUAUUCAUAGUGAGAGGUGAGAUGGAGAGCAUUGGAGAAGACGGUUCUGUUUUUUCUUUAUCAGAAGGUGAUGUUUGUGGUGAAGAACUUCUCAUUUGGUGCCUCGAACGCUCUUCAGUAAACCAUGAUGGGACUAGGUGCAUAAAGUUGCCGCUAAAGGGGUUGGUUAGCAACAGAAGUGUUAGAUGUGUGACAAACGUGGAGGCGUUUUCCCUGAGUGUAGCAGAUCUUGAAGACGUAACAAGCUUGUUCUCGAGAUUCCUACGGAGCCAUCGAGUGCUAGGAGCCAUAAGAUACGAGUCUCCGUAUUGGAGGCUACGAGCAGCUACGCAAAUACAAGUGGCUUGGAGAUACCGAAGGAGACGACUUCACAGAUUAUACACUGCUCAGUCAAUUUCCAGCCGAUAG